AUGUCCAAAAGCAAAGGGAAUGUGGUGGACCCGUUGGAUUUGAUUCACGGAGUUGGUACACUUCCAAAACAUCUUAUUGGAUCUAACAUCCAAUCAAUCGGCGCGGAUGCUUUACGUGCGUCUUUACUCUCUUGCACACUCGACCAGUCUCAGGUAGCUUACAAUCCAGAACUGGCUGUCGAAAUGCGUCGCUUCUGUAAUAAAAUUUGGCAAACCGCUCGGUUCGCAUUGUUACGCCUCCAAGCGGAUCAGGAAGGCGCUCUACAGUCCUUAGUACAGUCGUUGGAUUUGGCAAAGCUUUGGAGUCAAGUUGAAUCCAUCUAUGAAAGCACGCACCUUGUGGAUCGGUGGCUCAUUCAUCGUUUGGCCAAUAUUGUUCAAUUGAUUCAUGAUACCUGGUCAGAACAGAGUUCCAUGGACAAUACGGAUUCCGCCAGCGCGUACGUUUUUCACCCAGCUAUUCAACAAUUGCAUUACUGGUGGACUGAGGAAUUGUGCUCAGUCUACUUGGAAGUGAUCAAAUAUCGUGAAAAAACCCGUCCGAGUACAGAUCUUUCUGUGUUCCUGUUGAGUAUGCUCACUGGGUUGCACAUGCUGCACCCGAUCAUGCCCCAUGUGACCGAAUCAAUUUGGCAAGGAUUACGUCACGCGUCGAAUUCGUCCCAUUUGUCCGACUCCUCCCAGCCACAACCGGAAACGUGUCUCGCGUUGCAACCGUUUCCCAAUCCGGAUUGGUUCCAAUUCACAAACAAAUCCAACUGGGAUCACGAAAGACUUACCGUGUCUAAACUACUGAGUUCCGCAACUCAGACAAACUCGUGGCGUGCUGUUCUCCGCCUACGUUCCUCAGCUCGGCAGACAGACCGAAACCCGAAGCCCACACUACAACUGAUCACAUCAGAACACACUGUGGACCAGGAGGAACUCAUGUGUGCCCUAACUCGCUUGACGGCGUACGACUUGGACUGGACUCAAAGCGAAUUAGAACGACGUUUGAAUGCACACAUCAAACGCCGUGAUCAGUUUACCGGACAAUUGAAGAGUCGCAGCGAUUCAGAUCCGGAACCGAACCGAGCAGCGCUACAAAAGGUAAAUCUCAUCGUGCUUGACUACUAA